GUUCGAAUCCCUUCCUUGUACUCCUUCCCUGCGUUAAGAAAGAAAACCAAAAAGGGUUCAAGAAUAAUGAUUUUUCGUUGCUUAUGCCUAGUCAACUAGUCAAGCCAUCAAUUUCUUGCGCCAGCGUUGCGUGCCAAGCUGCUCCACAAAACACACGUGUCGUAAGGAAAGCUGGUCUACGGGAAUCUCUGUAAGAGAGAAAGAGAGAGAGGGAAAGCCCUAUUCUGCUUCCUGCUCAUACCUGUUUCUUGCUUCUUGCUUCCUUGCUCGCUCGAAUUGGAACAAUAUACACAGAUUGGAAAAGAGAACCCUAGUUUCUGAGGAUUGAGAGACAGACAUGGCUGCGGAGUUAGGGCAACAGACGGUGGAGCUGUCCACCCUGGUUUCCCGAGCUGCCCAAGAUUCAUACGACAACUUGAAAGAACUGGUUGAUAAAUGCAGGUCCACCGAAUUGUCCGAUACAGAGAGGAAGAUCAGUCUCCUCAAGUUCCUCAACAAGACCCAGCAGCGCAUGAUCCGCCUCAAUGUGCUCUCCAAGUGGUGCCAACAGGUUCCUUUGAUAAAGCACUGCCACCAGCUGGCUUCGACUGUUUCAAAUCACGAUAUGUGUUUUACUCAAGCUGCGGAUUCUUUGUUUUUUAUACACGAGGGGCUUCAGCAAGCCCGUGCUCCGGUUUAUGAUGUGCCCUCUGCCAUUGACAUUCUCUUGACGGGGAGUUACCAGCGGUUGCCUAAAUGUAUAGAGGAUGUUGGUACUCAGUAUACCUUGAAUGAAGAACAGCAAAAGCCUGCUUUGAAGAAGCUGGACGCGCUUGUGCGGUCGAAAUUGCUAGAAGUUUCUCUUCCGAAGGAAAUUUCCGAGAUAAAAGUUUCCGAUGGUACGGCAUUGAUUAAGGUGGAUGGAGAGUUUAAGGUUUUAGUGACUCUUGGUUACAGGGGACACUUGUCCAUGUGGAGGAUAUUACAUUUGGAGCUGCUUGUUGGUGAGAAGAAAAAACCUAUCAAACUGGAAUUAAUGCGGCGCCAUGUUCUCGGAGAUGAUCUAGAGAGACGAAUGGCGGUGGCAGAAAAUCCAUUUUCAAUAUUGUACUCAGUUCUUCACGAUCUAUGUGUUUCACUUGUCAUGGAUACUGUCAUCAGGCAAGUGCAUGCUCUUCGACAGGGAAAAUGGAAAGAUGCAAUUCGAUAUGAGCUCAUAUCCGACGGUGGAAUGGGUCAUGCGGCAGGUUCCAGUUCCAUGCAGAACCCUGACAGGGAAUCUGAUUCAUCCGGUCCUCGAACUCCUGGUUUAAAAAUCAUAUACUGGCUGGAGUUCAAUAAAAAUGCUGGCAUGUCUGACUCAGGUGCAUGCCCAUUCAUAAAAAUUGAACCUGGGCCAGAUCUUCAGAUAAAGUGCAUACACAGCAAUUUUGUCAUAGAUCCACUAACAGGCAAGGAGGCAGAGUUUUUCUUGGACCAGAGUUGUAUUGAUGUUGAGAGGUUGCUGUUAAGAGCUAUUAGCUGCAACCGGUAUACUCGUCUACUGGAAAUUAAAAGAGAACUGGGAAAAAAUAACCACGUCUGUCGAGCAGCGGAUGAUGUUGUACUCCAGUCUCACUUGGGUGGACCUGAUGUUGAAUAUAAACAUAAGGAUGAUAAAUGCUUCAGCAAGGAAUCUGAAGGGUAUGAGGUGUUGCGUGUGCGUGCCUAUGCCUCAUGUUUUUUUACUCUUGGAGUUAAUAUCAGAAAUGGCCGUUUCCUUCUUCAAUCAUCGCAAAACAUAGUUGCUUCUUCAGCAUUGUUAGAAUGUGAAGAAGCUUUGAAUCAGGGAUCUAUGACUGCAGCUGAUGUAUUUGUAAGCUUGAGAAGCAAAAGUUUAUUGCACUUGUUUGCAUCUAUCGGAAGAGUCUUAGGGCUAGAGGUAUUCGAGCAUGGAUUCAGUACAGUUAAAGUACCCAAAAAUAAUUUGAAUGGUUCAGCAAUGCUAAUUAUGGCGUUUCCAGACUGUGGGAGCUCUUAUUUCCUGAUGAUGGAACUUGAUAAGGAUUUUAAACCUUUGUUUAAGCUGUUAGAGACUCAGCCAGAUUCUUCUGGAAAAGAUACUUUAUUUGGUGUCCUUAAUCAGGUGCUGCGGGUCAAAAGAAUUGAUAUAGGACAACUGCAGGCACUUGAAGAUGAAAUGAAUUUAAGCCUGGUUGACUGGGGAAAAUUACACUCUCUUUUGCCCAAUGCUGCUUGUCCAAAUCAAGAAUCUGUACGUGAGUUUCUUUCUGAUAUUCGACUUGAGAGUUCCAUACAGAAUGCAAAAGGUCAUCCUUCAGGUUUUUCAUCACUUGUUGAUGAAGUGUUUGGACUUGAGAAAGGUUCUUCUGCAUCUCCAUUCUCUGUUCAAAAUCAUGGAUCCCUACCUUCACAUUAUGGUUCUGUCCCAAUGAGUCUCCAUAGUCUAAAAGCUGGGACCCCAUCUCCAAAGUGGGAAGGAGGCAUGCAAACAUCUCAGGUUAACAAUGUAACAAAACCUUCAGGUGUUACAAACCACUAUAGUGAUUCCAUGUUCUCAUCAGGCAGUGUGAAGGGCCCAGUUCAAUCCAAUUCUGUUGGAUCAAUUUCCACAGGACAAGGAAGGAGCGCAGCUGGGAAAAGGUUAUUUGUUUCAAAGUCUGAACAGGAUCUGGCUUCUCUUAAAUCUCCGCAUUCAGUUGACAUUAUGUCCUCAACUGCUAUGGAUGAAGAUCAACUUAGAGUACUGAGUGAUUCCUCUAAUGAUGGUUUAGGUGGAAGUCUGUCAUCUCGACUAUUAUCUCCUCCUCUACCAACUAGUUGUCGCAUCUCUGUACCUAAUUCCAAACCUAAUGGACCUCAAGCUGCAUCACUCAAGGCUGCUGGAGCCAAUUCAUGUGCUUCAACUCCCAUAUCCCAGGCAAUGGAAUCCACAGGCAAUGAAGAUGUUAUACCCAAACACGAUAAAAGAUCUCGGAAGAGAACAGCUUCAGAUAUGUUGAAUUUGAUUCCAUCUCUUCAGGGUCUUGAAAACAACUCAGCAAUUUGCAAGAGGAGAAAGAAUUUGGAUUCAUCUGGCUCUCAACUGUCUUUGCUACAAGGGGUUGUACCUAGUGAAAUGAUAUCUAGGGCUGAAGGAUACAGCUAUGGAAGUUUGAUUGCAGAAGCAAAUAAAGGGAAUGCCCCAUCUAGCAUUUAUAUAGCAGCCCUGCUUCGUGUGGUCCGGCACUGUUCACUUUGCAUUAAGCAUGCUAGGCUGACGAGCCAAAUGGAUUCAUUAGAUAUCUCAUAUGUCGAAGAAGUGGGUUUAAGAAGUGCAUCCUCUAAUAUUUGGUUCCGACUUCCAUUUGCCAGAGGUGAUUCAUGGCAACAUAUAUGCUUGCGACUUGGCAGACCUGGUUGCAUGCAUUGGGAUGUUAAAAUAAAUGAUCAGCACUUCAGGGAUUUAUGGGAGCUUCAGAAAGGGAGCAGUGCUACACCAUGGGGCUCAGGUGUUCGAAUCGCCAAUACGGCUGACAUUGAUUCACACAUACAUUAUGAUCCAGAUGGUGUUGUUUUGAGCUAUCAGUCAGUUGAGGUAGAUAGUAUAAAGAAACUAGUGGCUGAUAUACAAAGGCUUGCUAAUGCAAGAACUUUUGCCCUUGGCAUGCGGCAAUUGCUUGGGGUAAGAGCUGAUGAGAAGUCAGAAGAGACAAGUUCUGAUGCCAAAGUAUCGGGUACAAAGUUUGCUUCAGACACUGCGGAGAAAGUUACAGAACAUAUGAGAAAAGCAUUCAAGAUUGAGGCAGUUGGACUGAUGAGCAUGUGGUUUAGUUUUGGUUCAGCUGUCCUUGCUCGUUUUGUUGUUGAGUGGGAAUCUGGUAAAGAGGGUUGCACAAUGCAUGUAUCUCCAGACCAAAUUUGGCCCCAUACUAAGUUUCUAGAAGAUUUCAUAAAUGGAGCUGAAGUUUCAUCGCUUUUGGAUUGCAUUCGGCUGACUGCGGCUCCCUUGCAUGCUCUGGCUGCUGCAACCAGGCCAGCUCGAGCUGGUCCUGUUCCAGGAGUUGCAGCUGCUCUAUCUUCCAUACCUAAACAGACUGGCAUGUCUACCUCUGGUCCUGCGGGAAACACUGCCAUGUCUGCUCCUGGUGGUCUUACCAAUCAAACCCUAUCCAUGUUAGCUGCAGCUGGGCGAGGUGGGCCGGGCAUUGUUCCAAGUUCACUUUUACCUAUCGACGUCUUUGAUGUGGUCCGCGGUCAACAGGAAACAGUUUGCUGUUGACAUGGGUUGCUUUGCCGGUGAUCAACACCGCCUAAAGUAUUGUGCCAAUAAACUAUUAAAAUAGCUUAAUUAAACUUAACUGCCAAAAGGACUUGAUCAUGUACAAACCAUUCUAUAUGUGAUUGGGUUGCUUUGCUGUUGA